AAAUAACAAAAAGGUUACUUUGGAGAGAAAAAGCACAAUGCCGUUAUCCAAACUUGUUAUCUUUUGUAUCAUCCUCGUUUCACUCGCUAGUCUUCAUGAUUGUUUUCUAGAUAAAGUUUUCAAAGAUGACAAGCCGUUAACAAAUCCCGUUACAGGAGAGAGGACAGGGAAACCACCAUGCAAACCAAUGUCAGAUUAUUUCGUCUGCACAAAUAAUCCGAACAGGAUAGCAAAAACCGGCCCCGAUUGUUGGAGGGACUGUAUUGCACCCUAAUUAACCCAGCACUCCUUUAAAGAUUGAAGAAAUUUGAAGAGCAUAUAUAUAUACCACAAAUUUGAAUAUUCAUGUGACUUCACUAACCUCAAUUACGUUUACAUUAGUUUUUUUAGUAACUUUGAAAGUUUGUGUGAACAAUACUACAAAUUUUCUUCUCGUUUUCUCUUUUGUUUAUUUGCUAUUCAUGUUAUUUUUGUCAACAUUAUUCGUUUUUAAUAAUCAUAUAUUAUUAAUGAGAAGUCUUCUUUAAAAUUCUUUUGUUCAUAAUCAAUUUUGUUAUGGCUUGUGUCAAAAAAAAAAAAAAACCUUAAGAUAGAGUGUGUUUCGCUUCUUAUUGCUUUUUGAGAUAUCGUGGGAAUGGACCAUUGAUUUGCUACUCUUAGGAAUUGUGUUACGCUCUUCACGGAUGAUAUGUUUUUGUUAUGGUUAGACUAUUCAAGUCGGCUCAAGCAUUUAAAACAUUCUUAUUGUAUGCUAAUGUAUUUGAUUGUUUGGUGCAAAAUUGUUAUUAUAAGUUUUAUGAAAAGAAUUCUUUAUUCUUGCAUUUGUCUUUUUUGAGAUGAACCUUCUGUUUUGAUAUUCUAAUAAAUCAGUAAAUGAUCU